AUGCCUGAGCCUGGUUCUCAAGAAGAAGGGACACCUGCUCUGUGCUGCCAGUGGAGUGACAGGUGUUUCUCUUUCUUUUCUCAGGACAUACUAUCCUUUAUUGGUGUAAGGGGGCCAAUCACUGAAGGUAUCUUCAGCAUACCUGGCAAAAUAAGACCAUUCCUAUCCCUAAAAGAAAGGCUGGAUUCUGGGACAGAAGUGAACUUGAACAACGAAAGUGUCCCUGUUGUGGCAUCUAUCUUAAAGGAGUUUCUAAGAAAUAUACCAGGAAGUGUGCUGACAUCUAGACUAUAUGAUGAAUGGCUUGGUGUCCUCGACCAAGUGUAUGAAGAGAAGAAAGUAGCUGCAGUGCAGAGUCUUCUAGAGCAACUACCCCAACUGAAUGCCAUUCUUUUGAAACAACUUUUCAGAAUAUUAUACAAAAUUGAGAGAAACUCUGAAGUCAACCACAUGACAUCUUCUAAUUUAGCCAUUUGCAUAGCCCUAUGUAUUCUAUGCCUGCCUAGUUCCUGCAACUCAAGAUUGGCAGAUAUCACCAAAAAGAUUUCUCUUGUUAAAUUCCUUAUUGAGAAUUAUCCAAAAAUAUUUGGAGAAGACAUUUCAUCUCAUUAUGAGAACUUUGUUUGCCCUGAUGGGGAGAAGGCUUACAAUUCCCUGGACACUCCAACUGACAUUGUUGAGACAGAGGAGAAGGAACAAGAAGACAACCUCUGUCCCAGUGGGAGGACAAGACCCACAGGCAAUGAUGCAGUGCCCAUAAGUCCAACUGCUCUUCUCCACAGUGAGGGAAUUAUAGAUUCUGAGGAACAUGUCAAAAUGUCUUUAAUACAUUUGAUGAUUACAUGGGGCUCUGAUAUCAGCCAAGACAACGUGUGCUUAAUUCCACCAGCACCAAAUGAGGAACACCCCACUGGAAAUUCUGAUAACCCACUAGCACCAAACAAGGAACUUGUUGGAAAUUCUGACAUCCAAUCGCCAUCAAGUGAGGAACUCUUUGCUGUAAAUUCUGACACCCCAUUACCACCCAUAAGAGACCUCUUUGGGAUGUCUCUCCUGAGUGUGUGUGAGGAUGGCAGUCUGCCUACUCCAAUACUGGACAUGCUCUCUAUUAUUGAGGAAAAGGGACUACAUACGGAGAAGACCUUCAGAACAAUGUCCAACAAAUCUUUCCGAACCCUUAAAGAAAAGCUUGAUAAUGGGGAGGAAGUCAACUUGACUGAGGAAUCUGUCCUUGUUGUUGCAUCUGUCUUAAAGGAAUUUGUUCGACAUAUACAAGGAAGCUUGCUUUGUUCUGACCUAUAUGAAAAAUGGCUUGAAGUCCCUGAUAAAGGAUUUCUGAAUCAAAAUAUUGCUGCUAUCCAAAGUCUUUUAUCACAGAUACCAAAACCUAAUUUCAUUCUCUUAAGACACCUUAUGAGUGUAUUAUACAAGAUUAAAAGUCAUUCUUCCAUUAAUCACAUGGACGCUUAUGGAUUGUCAGUUCGCAUAGCCCCUAAUCUUCUAUGGAGGCCUACUUCUUACAGCUCGGGAUUUGGAGAUGAUCUCUCAAAAAAGGUCUCCAUUGUAGAAAUUCUUAUUGAGAAUUUUCAAGGGAUAUUUGGAGAAGAUACCACUGUACUUCCUGAAGACAUCGGAAAGAGUUGUGAUGACAUAGAAAUGUCUUCAGAUUCACUGUAUGAUGGUGAGUCUGACGACAUGAAGGAUGCCAGUGAUGACCACAGUGGCUGUCCUGUAAAAGGACCUGUCCUAAUGGUGAUGAUAAAGUAUUCAAGAGUCCAUCUGCUCCUCCUCAGGAGGACUGUCCUGCAUGUAAGGGAAAGUUUUAAAUCAUCAUCAAGUGAAUGGAAGGAUGACACCAUUCCCUGAUUCCAUAAAGUUGUAUGUGACCUCUCAGCAGCAUUGGGCACAUCAUGAUGUCACAGCAUGGGGAAAGUUUUUUAAAUAACACUUUAACUGAAUUACAUACAUAUAUAUGCAUAUACACACAUUUAUACACACAUAUAAAUAUAUACACAUACUUAUAUACACACACAUGAAUAUAUGUAUAUGACAUGUGUAUAUUAAUAUGUAAAUAUAUGACAGAUGAACUCCUAAUUUAAUCAUUGUAAGUACCCCAGAAUAUUGCUUGCUAUAUUUCUCACCUUUCUUUUCCAUGGUACAUGAGUCAUGGUGGAUAUCUUGGAUAUUGAAAUUGUUAGUUUUGAAAAGAUAAUUUACAAUGAUUUGUUUAAAAUCUGUCAAACAUUUUGGAAGAUAAAGCCCUCUGCUACUGUCUAUGAACUGUGCUAUCCUUGUGCAUAAACAAUAUUGUUAGUUUGAUUUCAUAACAGAGAUCAAUCUUAUCAAAUACUUAGCAUUGGUGUAAAUAUUAAAUGACACAGAAUCACUACAAUAGAUAUGUGAAGAAUGAUCAAGAGGUUAAAAUUUACCACAAUCAACAGUUCAAUUUCAUUCAAAUUCAGGUAGAGUGUGAACCAAGUAAUUCACUGUGUAGAGCUGAGAUGAGGUUUGUAGUUGAUUUUCUUGGCUUGGUGGUAUUUGUCUUAUUGACUUGAGGAAAUACACAGAAAAUUAUCUGAAUUGAUGUGACUCUAUAAUCUAACAAUCUUUUUAUCAAGAUGACAUUUUAUGUUU